AUGGGGACUGUACCGGAUCCUCUGAGAUCUGCCAAGCUUCCCCUGGUCACAGCCUCAUUGGAGGAGGACCACUUGGGAGACCUGCGGUCUGCCAAGCACCAGCCCCAACCACCCAGCGGAGAGAGGGCCAGCAAUGGCUUCCCGUGCGCGCCGUCCGGCUCGGCCGGUGUCUGCCCCUUCGACCUGAGACCCACGGUGGCCGCCAGCCCGCAGGAGUGUGAGCCAUGCUGCGAGGAGGAUGCUAGCCAGCAGGAAGCCUUCCCUGCUGGGCUCGCCGGCAAAGCUGCAGAGCAGUCUCCGGAGACCGUAGGGCAUGCCGGUUGCCCGCGGCCAGCGGACAGCCAGGGAGCGGGCCCUGCAGCAGCAGCCCCUGUGGCGGGGCAAGUGCCAGAGGUGAUGCCGGCCCCCCCGAGCUCCCGGCAGCUUGUGCAAGGCAGCCAGGGGAAAACAAGCUCCCUGGCACAAAUGGAUGACUCAGCCUUGAAACCUCAGGGGACUGAUGAUCAGCCGGCGCUUGAGGUGUUAAAUUAUUCUUCCCCGAGUGACCCUGUUAGGGGUAACGAGUCCUGCCCUACUUCUCCAGCAAACCUUCUGCAGAGAGAGGAAAAAGACAGGGGAGUGGAAAACAACGGUUCUGUGGCAUGUCCGUCAGCCUGGCUGGUGAAGCACGCCGCAGCUGACCUGCAGAGAGACCCGCGGGCCAGUGUGGAGACAAAAAGCGGGGCUGUGGGCACCUUGCAGCUGCAUCCCAUGGAUCAAACUGGAUUGGCACAGAGCAGAGAGGCACCAGCCCAGUCCAGCCACGAGAGCCCACGUCCCGUAUGCACUCUGGGCACUGAGCCCGGGAGUCCGGGCCCCACCCAGCUCUCCAAAUUCAGAGAAAUGGGUACCAUGACUGUUCAGUCGGGGAGCAGCUCUUUAACUCAGGAAGCAGUAAGCAGGAUGUGGCGAGAUGCUGAGGUUCAGGCCGUGGCUACCGUGGAGAGCAAAUCGGCCUCCACCAGUCCCAGCAUCCUUGCUGCCUUCUUAAAAGGGAAUCCUCCUCCUGAGGACAAGGAAGAACUGCACAUAAUUUACCAAGGAGGUAUGGGGCUGAGCCAGUCUGCGCUUACUGAUGCUUUAUCCUCACAACAAAAGUCCCCACAUUCUCCUGGUAUCACGUCAAAGUCGACUGUUGUUAUGGCUGGGACUGCUUCAGCCCAAACCCAGCCUGCCAAACUGCCCGGAGUCCCAUCUGACAUGAUGUCUCCAGCAUCAGCAGAUAAUGCAAAACCUGCUCUUCCCUUCUCGCCUGCAGUCAUUACCUCCCAAGGGACAUCUGUGGGUAAUGCUGAAAUGGUCGGUGCAGCCCAUGACAGCAAGCAUGCUGCUCGGCUGCCGAUGGAUGCUCCAGUCCCACCAAAGCCCAUCCCUGUGGAGCAGCUUGCAGUCAAUUCCAGUAAUCAGACUCCAUCACAGUCUGGGUCUGGCGCUGGUGAACCAAGCACCGCUGCUGCUGCCGCUGUCCCAGGAACUGAGAAUGACGCGCGAGAUCUCACCCAUGAUGCAGGAAGCAGCCACUUACCUUUACUCUGCAGCACAGACAGUGAAGUCAAGCAGAAGGAGGUCCUGGGCAGCUCUGAGCAGAAGCCUGUGCAAAGUAAGGGUGCGAGUCAAGUGGAGGAGAUUCUUAAUCAAUCUGUGGUAAAAACAAAGGAAGAAAACUUAGUGGUGCUUGAUCCUAAAGGAGAGAUGAAAGCGAGCAGCCAACCUGCUGCUGUCCGUACAAAGAUGUGCUUGGAGAACACACAUGAAAAAGAGGAGAGCAGAGGCCAGGGAGAUGCUGGCCAGGCUCAGACGGCUGGUGACCAGAGCCUGCAGGCAGGACUGACGCCAGAGUUGAGCAUGAGUUCUGCACGUCUCACCCCUCCCUUGGAGGCACUGGCAGCUCCCCAGCAGCAAGACCUCCAGGCCAAGGGGUCCAGAGGUGAGCUUCACAUGGCAGCUCUUCCUGCUUCAGCUCAGGCCUUGCCAAACCUGGGGGAAAACAAAAAGCAGCCCACCCUGGCCAUGGAGGCAAAAGUGCAGGUGAAGCAGUCCAAGCAUGUCAGGGAUGUUGUUUGGGACGAGCAAGGCAUGACAUGGGAGGUUUACGGUGCUUCCCUCGAUCCAGAAUCCCUGGGAAUUGCCAUCCAGAACCACUUACAGAGACAAAUACGGGAACACGAGAAACUGAUUCGGGCCCAGAACAGUCAGACCCGGAAAUCGGUUUCCUCGGAUACAUCCUCAAAUAAAAAACUGAAAGGGAGGCAGCACAACAUGUUCCAGUCCAUGCUGCAGAAUUUUAGGCGUCCUAAUUGCUGUGUCCGACCCGCUCCCUCUUCUGUGUUAGACUGA